AUGGUUGUACCUGAGAAUUUAAAAGGUUCUCAUGACAACGUCUUCUCUUUCCCUGCCCCGGCACUUGACCUGGCCUUUGAUGAUGGCUUGAUUGAUCAAGUUAAGCAGGUAUGGAAAGCCAUAAUGGGUGACGAAGCCGAUGAAAACAACUUCCUGAAAUUUGAUGAUCGAGAAGGUAUGAUUGACGAAGAGGAAGCAAACGAGACUAUGUAA